AGAGUGGCCAGUUAGUUUGUGCGCUUCAGCUCAGACCGGGAGUCUCUGGGAGUCUGUCAGCCACCGUUAGCUCCGUCUCAGUCACUCAGUCCGUCUUCUCCUCCUCCCCCUCCUCCUCCGCUGUUCUUUCACCCUCUCUCUCUCUCUUUUUCUCUCUCUCUCUUGCUCUCAUCUUUGUUUCUUCCUGCUACUCUGCGCCCAUUGCUUCUUUCUGUGCUGCUGCCGCCGGCUUCUACAAACUUGUCUUGAGAGAAAGUGCUGGGUGAUGGACUGCUGAACAGCUACAAAGUGAGCUGUGAGCCGAGCGACCGACCGGACCGACAGACAUGGGGAAGCAGAACAGCAAGCUCCGCCCCGAGGUGAUGCAGGACCUCCUGGAGAGCACCGACUUCACCGAGCACGAGAUCCAGGAGUGGUACAAGGGCUUCCUGAGGGACUGCCCCAGCGGGAACCUCUCCAUGGAGGAGUUCAAGAAGAUCUACGGUAACUUCUUCCCCUAUGGAGACGCCUCGAAGUUCGCCGAGCACGUCUUCCGCACGUUCGAUGCCAACGGCGACGGGACAAUAGACUUUCGGGAGUUCAUCAUUGCUCUGAGUGUGACGUCGCGUGGUAAGCUGGAGCAGAAGUUGAAAUGGGCAUUCAGCAUGUACGACCUGGACGGAAACGGGUACAUCAGCAAAGCUGAGAUGCUGGAGAUUGUGCAGGCGAUCUAUAAGAUGGUGUCCUCUGUGAUGAAGAUGCCCGAGGACGAGUCGACACCCGAGAAGAGGACGGAGAAGAUCUUCAGGCAGAUGGACACCAACAGAGACGGUAAGCUGUCUCUGGAGGAGUUCAUCAAAGGAGCGAAGAGCGACCCCUCCAUCGUCCGCCUGUUGCAGUGCGACCCCAGCAGCGCCGGACAGUUCUAAUACCUGAGGGCAUCAACACAACCUUGCUUCUUUUGAGGGACUCCAAAUGCCCCUAACUCUCCACUACGGAGCAGAAUGACGAUGAAGAAUGACGAGCUGAUGACGAUGAAGAAGACAUGCCUUCAACCAGGACUGAGGACAUCAAGGAUGGGCACAGGAGCCAAAUUCUCCAGUUAAACCCCACCCCCCUGAGCUUUUUAUCAAAACCCUCCAAACCCCAACAAAGACUUGACCUGAAGACUUUUCCCUAAAACCCCAGUGAUUGUAGUUGACCAGGCUCCCUCAGUUCUCCUAUAGGCAUGUCAGAGUAUUAGGAAGGUCCACAGUAGGUUGUGUAUAUAGAGUUUAAACAGGAGUCUCUGUGUCCGUGUCUUUGCUUGGCUCUCUGUGCCCCUUUUGAGGCUCCAGCCGGGGCGACACAGAGCCUCUGUCUCUUUAAUGUGUAUCAUAGACGGAGUGUGUGCAUGAGACAACACGAGAGAGAGAGAGAGAGAGAGAGAGAGAGAGAUACGUGAUGGUGUUGAAUAACAGGACUUACUUUAGGUGGGAUUAUUUAAUCCGCAGAGAGGACUAGUGAAGUUUGUCCUUCACUCGGAGCGAGUACUGCUUUUUUUUCGUUUCCUCUUUUCUACUGUGAGAAUGUGUACGUGUGUUUGUGCAUUUACAAACUCGAUAGACUUUGUUUCAUAUUUUGUAUAGGGACAAAAUUACAUGUAACAUGUAAUACUAUGCUACUAUGCAUACGUGCCCUUAUCAGUAGUUUAGAUUUUUGUGAAGUCUCGCUGAUAUAAUGAAGAAUGAAACGCAUCCCUUUAUCCACCAUCUGUUCCAGUGUUUUUUUUUUCAUAUCAGUAAGAAUUUGACAGAGAAUUUUGAAAUGUGGCAGUGCGUCUCUGCACUCUAGCUUAAGGAGAAUAGAAAGUAGUCUUUAAAAUAUUUCAGUACAGUGUCGAUAUAUUAAAAGUGCACCUAAAUUUGUAAAGAUAAUUCAGAUUGCUCAAUUCAUAACAAAAGUUGUGAAAUGUUAGAUAAAAAAAACAAAAAUGUUUAUUGAAGGUAUUGCGGGACGUUAAGCAUGCAUACCGGACUUUUACCUUAUGAAGAUACAGAGACAAACGUCUUCACGGUCACUUUUAAAUGUUUUUAAAAUGAAGCAUGUUGAACAGUCGGGUGCAGGGAUGCAUAGACUAAAUAACACGUAUGCAUGUGACUUAAGCGCAUGUGUGUGUUUUUACCUGUGUUUAUGGAUUUCAGUGGCUCCACGGAACGGUUGCCCGUCCAGCCCUGAGCUCGCUUUCUGUGCGUUAGUGUCGUCAUCGUUAGUGCUACCAGUAGUCAGUGUUAUUGACAGCGUACGGACUGCCAAAGCUGACACACCCGAUGGUUCACUUGAAUAACUUCAUGGAGGGGAAACAAAGAGAAGCUUUAGAAAUAGACCACCACUCACCAAAAAUGAUAUAUAUAGAAAUGACAAGCAGUUUAAUGGGGAUGCUGGGUAGUUAGGGCUGAGAGCUUUUAUUUUUUUCUCUCUUCAGUUGAGCUCAAUAAUGAAAUCACUAUCCAAUUGUAUCUUUUACAGGACCAAACACACACAGAGGACUUAAUCCUUUAGCAACAGUCCAGAUUUUACUGCACACCUUCAAUCAACUAGAAUAUACAGUUUACGCUGUCACGUAAAAUAAAUGACACACUAUUGGUCACACAUCAGUAUAAGUGCUGGCGUCCUAUUAUCAACAAAGGGAAGGAGUCAGCUUUGUUUUUGUUCUCACCUUAUCUCCCUCCUUCUUUCCUUCACUAAGCUUUCAAAGAAAAGAGAGAAAAAAAAAGCUCUCCCUGAGGUUUUUAAGUAAGUUCAACUGGGACCAGUGUGACCCUGCCCUGAAUGUACCGGAGCCCUCUCCAGGGCAGAGCGAAGCCCUUUCAGUUAUUGUAUAAUUUUCCAAUUAGAAAAGCUUUGAAUGUUUUACUGAACAACUGCUGUUUUUUGUGAAGGUAAAGAAAAUGCAGACAAACAAACCGAGAAUCACUGCAAUGAUACUGUCACCAUGUGUUGCUUUUAUUGUAUUUUUAUGAUUUGUUUCUUCUUUUUAAAAAAAGCUAAAAAAAUAAUUAAAAAAAGCUACGUCAGGUGUAACAUUUCUGUUAAAACACAAAAUAGCAUCUUGUGGUCAAGUGCCAAAUAAAAACAAAACAGUAUUGUAUAAAUUUAUACUGUACAAUUGUUAUCUGUUGAACAAAAUGUUUGUAAUUGUUGCAUUUUGUAGAUUUUGUAUGGUAUCCUGUAUUUAGUGACUGCCGUUUUGGAACACAGGAUUCUGUAUUUUGGUCAACUUUAAAAGGCAAAAAUUAAAUUUACAAUUUAUUGUGUGCAAGCAUUCAUGUGAUGUCUGGUUAAUUGUCAUACUGCGGUUUCAGUAUGAACGAUGAAGUUCAGCCUACAUUAACUUAUUGCAGAUAUAUUGUAUCGUGUAUGUGUUGGCCCAUAACUAACAAGACAUAUCAAUACUUAAAUGUUAAUAGUUUGUUUUUGCAUGGUUAACAAUUAGAGAGCACCAGAAUUCUUA